AUGUUGUCCCCCCUUUUCUUUACAGCUGCGCUCGCAGCGCCAGCGGUCAACAAUUCCUCGUCUUCGGUUUGUGGCGCUGGUUCCUCGAUUGGCACAUACACCAUCAGUGCGAACGACACUAUUUACUCCAUCGCCACCACUCUCAACCGUGGGGUCUGCCCGCUGGCAAGGUACAAUCACUUAUCUGACCCCGAGCUUCUUUAUCCCGGCGAGGUUCUCUACAUCCCCCCUGAAGCUUGUAACACCAACGCUGCAGACACUUCCUGUCUCCUGAGUCUUCAAAAUUCGACCACCAAUGAUUGCAUCUUUGGCGGCCCCCACACCUACCGCACCUUUGAAGGUGAUACCCUCCGCAAAAUCGCUCUGGGCAAGUUCAACAUUACCCUCGAGGCCUUGAACAGCUCUGUUGGUCGCAUGGCGGGGGUCUCGUCACCCGACGAAACCAUUGAACCGAACACAUUCAUCAAGCUCCCGCAAUGUAAUCCUAGCUCGUGUGGAAUCCAGCCCCUAGAAUACGUUUGGGGUACGUACCAGGAUCUAGCGGAAGAGUACGGAACAACGCCGGGGCAGAUUUUUGCUUUGAAUCCGACUUUUAAUCAUAGUUCUACGGGACCGGGAGUUGGGGGAUGGAUUACGUUGCCAGUCAAUUGCGGGCUAGAUGGGGAGACAUAUACGGUUGUUUCUUAA